GCCAUUUUUUCUUCUCUCCGUCUAACCUCGUGACUCAUUUCGCCCUUUCUUCUUCCCGCUCGAACAAUAAAAACCAAACAGAGAAACUAAAAAAAUUCUCCCUCGCCGUCGCCGCCGUCAGUUCCUCCUCCGUUUCCGGCGUCUCCAUAUCCAGACACCGAACCAGCUUCCCUGAGAUUUCGAAACAGCGUCGUCUCUCGUUGAAAAACGGAAAAAAGUCCAGACGCCAGAGAGAAGCAGAGGAUAACGUCUAAUCGACUGAUCGAUCGAUUGAUUCUGAGAUUGAGGUGCAGUGGAUGAGAUAGUUGGAGAAACGGAGUGAAGACCAUGAGAUUCGAUGGAGUAUUGAGGAUUUCAGCAGUACUGUUGGUGGUGGUACUUGCGGCGUUGGUAGUUGAAGGAUCGGCGGCGGAUUAUACAAAGAUGAAAACGAAGACGACGAAUCAUAGAAACGCUUAUGCGUCGAUGAUGUACAUGGGAACGCCUAGGGAUUAUGAGUUCUAUGUAGCGACGAGAGUAUUGAUCAGAUCGCUAGCGAAGCUUAACGUUGAAGCUGAUCUCGUCGUCAUUGCUUCACGCGAUGUGCCCGUCCGUUGGGUUCGUGCUCUGGAAGAAGAAGAUGGAGCUAAAGUAGCGAGUGUAGAUAACGUAAACAACCCAUAUAGAAAUCAGUCAAACUUCGACAGAAGGUUCAAGCUAACAUUGAACAAACUAUAUGCAUGGAGCUUGACAGACUACGACAGGGUGGUGAUGUUGGAUUCCGAUAACCUCUUCCUCCAAAAGACCGACGAGCUCUUCCAAUGUGGUCAGUUUUGUGCAGUCUUCAUCAACCCUUGCAUCUUUCACACCGGCCUCUUCGUUCUUCAGCCAUCAAAGAGGGUAUUUGAUGACAUGAUGAAUGAGGUGAGAGUAGGGAGAGAGAACCCAGAUGGUGCAGAUCAAGGCUUCAUUGGGAGCUACUUCCCUGAUCUGCUGAACCAGCCUAUGUUCUAUCCUCCUUCCAAUGGCUCCAUUCUUGAUGGCAACUUUCGGCUCCCCUUGGGCUACCAAAUGGAUGCUACUUACUAUUAUUUAAGACUGCGAUGGAGCAUCCCUUGUGGUCCGAACAGCGUAAUAACAUUUCCGGGGGCACCAUGGUUGAAGCCAUGGUAUUGGUGGUCAUGGCCUGUUCUACCUCUUGGCCUCCAAUGGCAUGAACAACGCCGCCGCACUCUUGGGUACGGCGCGGAGAUGCCAUUAGUCCUGAUCCAAAUCCUGCUCUACUUAGGCAUUCUCGCCAUGAUCCGUCUCGCCCGCCCUAAUCUCACCAAGCUUUCCCACCGCCGAUCGGAAAAACCCGCCGCCUCCUUCCACCACUCCGCCUUCAAACUCGCCGCCUUCUGGUCCAUCCUCGCCGCCUACGCCCUUCCAUUCUUCAUCAUUCCGACCACCAUCCACCCUCUCCUCGGCUGGGGCCUCUAUUUACUCGGCUCCUCCACCCUCUCUUUCCUCGCCGCCACCGUCUUCCUCCUCCCCCUUCUCCCCCUUCUCGUUCCUUCCCUCGGAAUCUUCGGCGUCCUCCUCGUCAUGGCCUUUCCCUUCUACUCCGACGGUGUCAUCCGAGGACUCUGCAUUUUCCUUUACGCCUUCUGCGCCGCCCCGGUGGUCUGGACGGCUGUAGUGAGGACGGCGGCGGCGAUUCAGUCGUCGAUUGAUAGAGAUGCGUUCUUCGUUGUGAAAUCCGGUGAGACUUUGCCGUCUUCUAGGUUUAAUAAAUGGUGUUAACCGUUCAUAAUUGGGGUUUCUUUUUUAAUUAUAUUAUUUUGGGGGGAUAGAAUUGAAAUUGAAGGCAGCUCGAUUUAGUGGAAGAAAAUUGAUGUUUAUACUCAUUUUUAUACAUGGAAAGAGAGUAUAUAUAGUUUUCAUUUCA